CAUGGACGUACUUUUAAUGUUAAGUGGGUAUCGACUAUACAGAUCUCGAUUCUCGACCCGACUCUUUCAUAGUGGGACAGAAAUCAUGCUGCUGUGCCGUUUGCCUCCGCACUAUUAUCGAACUCAGAAAAUCAAUACACCGAACACCGUCAAGUCUUUUUAAAAUGAGAACGUGACAAAAUAAUAAUUUUCAUCGAAGAAAAUAUUUUAUUUAAAAAAAAAGCUGUUGAGAUUUGAUGCUCAUUUUUUAUUUAUUUACAAAGUGAUGAGUAUUGUCAUAGUUACGGCGUGGUAGAACAUUUUGCGCGUUUGAAUAACUGCUUUUUGCUGCAAAUUAUUACUGUUAAAGGUUCUUGUUGGUUAAGGUCAAGAAUUAUACAUUAUACACCAAAAUAAUUAUAAGUUAAAAUGGAAGAAAUUAACGGGGAGCUUUACGGGGAUGGUUUAGUUAGUUUAGGAGAUGAAGGGUCUUUGGAAUCUACUGAUAAUGGGAAGCAAGAACAAAAUUGUAAAAUUUGCGAUGAAAAAUUGUGCAGUCCUAGAGUAUUGUCUUGCCUUCAUGUAUUCUGUGAAGCUUGCAUUGACAAAUUGAUGGUUAAUGAAGCUGGUGAUUCUUUGAAAUAUGAUUUAGCUGUGGAGUGUCCUUUGUGCAAACAAGAAACAAAGAUACUUGGAGGUGGGGCUGCAUCACUUCCUUCUGAUUAUCUCAUCACCAAUAUUCUGGAUGUAUCGGCUAUGGAUCAAUCUGUAGUUUGCACUUGCUGCAAGAGUAAGGAACCUGCUGUUGCUAGAUGCACUGAUUGCUCUCAUUUCCUCUGCUCUAACUGCAAUUCUGCUCAUGAGUUCAUGCGAUGCUUUGAGAACCACCGGGUUGUUCCAUUUGAUGCUCUGCGGUCCUCUAAGGAGAAAACUGCUGUGCACAAGCCAAUUUUUUGCACCCGCCAUGUUGGGGAAAGUUUGAAGUUUUAUUGCUGUGAGUGUGAAGUCGGUGCCUGCACCGAAUGUUUGACUGUAGAUCAUAAGGUUGGUGAGCACCGCUGUGAGCGGAUUGUUGAUGCUGAACCCAAUCUACGAGCGGAGCUGCGCAACUUCAUAGUGGAGGCGAACACCCGGGCCGCAGCAGCUGGAAGUGCUUCUUCCAGGCUGGAUGAUGCACUAGGUGAUUUACAGCGCCAACGCGAUGAAGCAGAACAUGUUAUUAAUGAAGCCUUCCAUGCUUAUAAAGCUGCUUUAGAGAGACGUCGGGAGAAGGCUCUUGAAGAACUAGAACGCCUGCACAAGGAAAGGGAACUAAAGGUUAUGGAUUUGUUCGAUCGCGUCGAUAAGACUGUACAACGCAUUGAUUGCGCUUGUAAAUUCGCAGCACGGCUUCUUCGCCGCGGCGAUGGCACCGAAAUCGUCAUGUUAAAGAAAACGGUUGCAUCACAAUUUACACGCUUGCUGGAGGCAGCACCAGAAUUUGAUGUCGAUUACUCAUUGGAAUUUGUGACAAAAAUGGAAAAGUUUGAUGCGAUAACCGAAGAAACCUUUGGAAUAUUCCGUACGGAAGCUACUCGUGCUGAGGAAAGAAAACGUGCGAGCGAAUCCUCGGCCAUCGUCUCGGUUGCCUCGAAUUCGCAUUCACCUGCCGUAUCUGUGACUAAUGCGCCAGUCUUUGACGACUACCCUAUGCCCAGCGUUCGUCGCGUCACUGGUGUAUCUGGAGUGGGCAAUAUGGUUGGAGUGCCUGGCGUCGGAGGUGUGCCUUCCAUUGGAGUGCCGGGUGUAGGAGCAGUUCCCGGGGUAGGCGCGGUGACAAACACGAGUGUGAUUCCAGGUGUAGUCAAUGUCAACAGUGUCCCUGGGGUCGGUGGUGUCACUGGCGUCGGUGGAGUACCAGCCCUUCCCUCUAUGGUGGAAUAUAAUUUGCAGCAAUUAGCAAGCAUUGCCGAGAAAGAAGUGCCUCCGCCCCCACACGCUUCACCAGCUCCCUCGUUUACUCUCGCGGAGUUGCUUGCUGGAGAUUUGAAUUCACCCCAAGCUUACAACAACUUGCAAGCUCUGGCCAAACUUGGACUAAAUACUGAAGUUAACGGUUUUGGUGGGGUUGGUGGCGUUGGUGGGAUCGGUGGAGUGGGUCCUCGCGGAGUUUCCCCUGGUAGACCGCUUUUAACUGCUGCUGAAGAAGCUGCGCUGGUUGCGCCACCAGCUCCUCUUGUUCGCGCUACUAAAGCCACUCCCAUGCAUAUUCGAUUCAAAUUUGGCCAACUUGGAGGUGGUAAAGGACAAUUCAAUUCUCCCCAUGGCUUCUGUUUGGGCAACGAUGAAGAUAUUAUCGUUGCAGACACUAAUAAUCAUCGCAUCACGGUGUUCGAUAAGUCCGGUAAUUACAAAUUCAAUUUCGGCGUGGCUGGAAAAGAAGAGGGCCAGCUUUGGUAUCCGCGCAAAGUGGCCGUAGUUCGCGCCACCGGUAAAUUUGUUGUUUGCGACCGUGGAAACGAGAGGUCUCGCAUGCAAAUAUUCACCAAGAAUGGACACUUUCUGAAGAAGAUUGCUGUUCGGUUUAUUGAUAUUGUUGCUGGCUUGGCAGUGACAGCUGAAGGCCUUAUUGUCGCCGUUGACAGCGUUACACCAACUGUAUUCAUUUUAUCAGAGGAAGGUGACCUCAUGAGCUGGUUUGAUUGUAGCGAGUGCAUGAGGGAGCCUUCUGAUAUCGCUAUCAGUGGCAAGGAGUUUUACGUGUGCGACUUCAAAGGCCAUUGUGUCGUCGUGUUCGACGACGAAGGCCGAUUCCUGCGUCGCAUUGGCUGUGAGAAUGUGACCAACUUCCCUAACGGAAUCGAUGUGUCCGACGCUGGCGACGUACUGAUCGGGGAUUCGCACGGGAACAAAUUUCACGUGGCUGUAUUCUCCCGGGAUGGAGUGUUGGUCACAGAGUUUGAGUGCCCGUAUGUUAAGGUGUCCCGCUGCUGUGGAUUGAAGAUAACAUCCGAAGGUUAUAUUGUCACUUUGGCUAAGAAUAAUCAUCAUGUUCUAGUCCUCAACACUCUUUACAUUGUCUGAGGCGUAACUCGAUGGCUGUAAGUCUGCAUACUACAAGAUCUCACAUUUAUUCCCUAUUUUAUAUUUAAUUGCUGUUUUUACAAUGCUUAACAAUUUUUUGCUAAACCAGUAUUUGACUACUUUUUUCGUUGUUUUUGUGUUUAAAUUUCAUGUUAGUCUGAUUUUAACAUUCUGUCCAUGCGCAGUGAAAUUAGUAAUCCCAAUAUUUACUAUUUAUGCUUAAUGUUUUUUGUUUUGUGGCAUUUUAGAGAAAUAUCCUAUCACUGCUCGUGGAUAGAACUUUUAAGUCAUUAUUUCCAAAGUACUAUAUACUUAAAUUUAUGUAUUUUUUUGGUUUGUUCAUCUUCAUUUUUUAUAUGGUUGCAUUUAGUUCUAGAAACAGAAAAUCCAAAGUUUAGUAAGUAUAAUCAUUUUUUUAUAUGUAUAUUAAUAUGUAUUAUUAACUGUCCAGCCAAUUAUGAAUGGUUUUGUUACAUUUGGUUUCAGUGGGUCCUAAAGUUUCUAGUCCUCAUUAGUUUGACAUGCUCCUAGAUUAUUAAUUAAAAUUGUAGUAUUUGAAUGUGAACAAAAGACAUUAUAUUGAGUCUAUAUUAAUAAUACUAUAUUGGAGUGUGUUAACCUAUAAACAAUUUCGAAUAUUUAGGGAGAGAACCACACAGCCAAAUUCGAUUACGAUUGUGUAACCAUUGACUGGACUGUUACUUUCACGUCUAAAAUUUAGCAGCUGGUAUGGUUCCUAGUUCGAGUGAAGUAAAAUAAUGUCAAUUAGGGGAUUGCGUGGGUGUGUCGCCUCAAAUAAUUUUAUUAGAUUUUUAUUUUCAUCCCCAAUAUGUAUGUUUUAAAGUGAUCGACCAUAAUUAACAUCGGAUUUGCUUAUUAACUUACAAUUACGCACAAUUGAGUUUGUUAUAAACAUUUUUUUUAGACAUUGUGACCAAAGGAGGCGACACCAAUAUUACGUGCCAUCUAGUUUAGGUUAAUCUCGUAUACAAUAUUAUAUAUUGUCCGUUAAAAUAUAUUUACCAUUUACAGAAUUCUUGUGUCUAUACAAAAUGUUUUCAUGUACUCUUGUUUUGAGAGCCUAUUAAAAUAUUGAACGGUUUUUUCAUGAGUAGGCAUUAUAAUAUACAAUUAACAUUGUUUGGUUCAUUAUAAAUUAACUAGGUGAACCACUAAGCUGUAAUAUUGGGAAACCACUUAAAAUUAACACUGCAAUAAUUUAUAAAAUGCCAUUUAUUGGUGGGUAAAAUGUAGAAUUUACAAUAUUUAUUUAGCAUUUUCUUAUAUAGCGAAUGAUGUUUGAACUGACGGAAAAGUCAUUUUUAGGAGUUGAUGUAACUGUUUUUGUUUUUGUCAAAGAUUCUGUAAACAUAAAGUUUUUAAAUAUUACAUAACUUCACAUAUUGGCAGAACUCUGAUCUUGACAUCUUCUUAGUAAAGGAAGUAGCAGACAUAUUAACUCUGAAAGGAAUCUUCGCCGUAUCGGACACGAGCUUGUACCGAGGCGGGGUGAUAACGUUAAGAUACCGAUAAGUGUGCCUUGCAGUAGGGAGUUUCAUACAAAGAAUACUGAACGGCUUGAAUAGAUACGGUGACGAUCCAUUUCCGAGUUGAUAUGUCUGCUUACGACCUUAAGUAUUUCCACAACUUUAAUUAUGACCAACGCAACAAAAUAAACCUCUCCGUUUUCUGACAAUAAUUUUCACAUCAUUACGCUAUAUUGUGAAAUUGCUUAUAUUUGCGCAUUUUGUUUUUUUUUAUGUUGUCGAUAUCCGUAUACAGUUCGCCAAAGUAUAUGUAUAUUUUUGUAACUACCAACAUUUAUAUUCAAAAGGUUUAUAUUAUUCAAAAUUAAAUAGUUUUUAGAACGUAGAGAAAAUUAGGAAUUUGCGGUUCACAAAAUGCCUCGUUAUAUAUAGAUUUUCACUUUACCAGCGGCUUUAUCCCCCUUCAGUAUUUCUUAAAAGGAGGGAAUAGCGACACUUGGCAAGUAGACACUAAUAAAAAUAUGGUAAUAAUAGUAUUAUCAAUGCACAAGUAAUGGUCACAUACAAUUGCGCUAUAAUAAGUACAUUCUUAAAUUACGUAAUUUUGCAAAUUUACUGUCUUCCAAACUAAUUAGGAUUUAUUGAAUUUAUCUAAUGAGGAAGCAUUAAAUCUCGGUCUACAUUUUGAAAUUUCAUUAUAAUAAAUAUACUGAUCAAUAGAGAACCUCCUCUUUUUUGAAGUCGGUCAAAGUGGGUUUUGUAUCUGUAUUUAUUAUUAUCGUUACGAGCCAAACGCAAGCCAACGAAAUUCUGACAUUUUAUUUAUUCUAUAUAUUUAUAUAUUAAGAGAAAAAAAACAUUAUCUAGUGUCCUAUAUUGUAGAUGACCAUUAUUUUGUUUUGCAUUAAAAGUAUACUUCGGUACUUAAUCAGACCACCUAAUAAUAAGUGUGAUAUUUUAAUAAUCCUUUAUUUUUUCUUUUAAAAUUGAACCAUUUGCUCUCUAAUUUUAUGUAUACAUCUUGCUAAUCGUUACACAUUUAAAUGUUAGUAUUCCUGGAUAUAAUAACUGUUUAAAAUAAUAUGAGGUCGGUAACUAUACACACGUUCAGGUAUAAAUUAGCGGUUAAUAAUCGCGAAUCUUUGAAAAGUUAAAUAGUCUGGCACUUUAUUCAUAUUAAUAAUUAUAUUAAAGUGAACUAUAUUAUUAUCAUUGAAUAAUAUAAUUAUUGUCAUAGUUAUUCAGAAGUAAUAUGUAUAACGUUUGUACUUAAUUAGUAAUAGGUAUUUAUUUUGUUGUUGGAACAGUUCUACAAUAUUGGAUACAUUAGCAACAUUUGAUGUGAUAUGAGCAAUAAUAGAGAGACAUAAUGAACCAACAAUUUAAGACUUAACAUGACUCAAUAUUUUGGGAGACGAUGGUGUAUCGCGAGUCGUCCGCGUCAGGGUAAGGCGAUCUGGGGCUAAUGGGAAUGUCGGAGCCAGUGAUAAGUUGACAUUUGUGUCUGAAUCCUCUAUUAAUUAGUGAGUUACUUUUGGGUUUAUUUUUCAUAUUGUUUUUAAGUUAUUUGUUUCAGGAUUUUUGUCCCGAUAGCAUUAGGGAAUUUUAUUUUCUUUAUUUUAACUAGGUUUAAAAUAACGAGUCUACAUACCCUCGCGAAUGAGAUGGUGUGAUUAAUACUCUAAUUUUGUCUCUUUACUGUUUUAUUUGAUUAUAUGUUCUGGGCCUAUAUUUGAAUAGUAUUUUGGCCAGUAUGUUUAGGCCUUUAGAGUUACGAAUUUUUACUGCCAAAUUAUUUUCUUACGAUAUUUGUGCAUGCACAUAGUAAUUAUUUUAUUGUAUGAUAUUUGUAAAAAAAUUAGUUACUAAUUGUUGCCAAUUUUUUGUUUUAUUAUUAAUAUUCAGGGUUUUAAUAUUUGUAAUGUUCAAUUUUAAUUUGUUGUCAUUGAUCAAAAUUAUUGUGUGUUAGUGAAGUAAAAUUAACCGAAAUAGAACUUAUUAUUAUUGCCCCAAAGGGAGCGUUUGACGCUAUUAAUAACUAUUGCUUUAGGGUUGCAAAAAUAUUAAAAAGUGGUGUGAUAAGUUUUGGAUAAUUUUACAAAUUAUACUAUUUUAUGUGUGAAUUCCAAUAUGAAUAAAUUUCAAGUUAAAAUGUCAUAUUAUAUAAUAUGUGUAAUUUUUCCAAAUAUUUACAAUGACAUUUAUAAUUCUGUCUCAUAUUUUAAAAGUAUUAUUAUUAUAAUUGUUUGUUAUCCUACCGUAUCCAUUGAUGACAUCUUACCGACAAUGUUUCCUUUGUUCUUGCCAGUAUCUUAUGUAGUGGUUGAAGUAGUUUUUUUUUGUAGUGACUAGGGUUUUCCAAUUGGAUAUACACAACAUAACAGUGUCACAUGUUUGCCUAUAUGGUGAUGUUGUUUAGAGAUGUUUAUUAGUGGUUGGUGCGGGCAAAGGCGGAUAUUCGCCGUGUCUGUUUGGCUGUAUAUUCUUGCCGUAGAAGUAAGCACAUUGUCAUGGGAUAAUGGCAGGUCAAAUGGUAUCUAUUGUCCAUUGACAUUACUCGAUAAUAAUUGUAUCAUUAGAGUACAUUACAGUAGCCUUUCUCGAAAAUCUUAAAGUUACCUAUAUACACUUAAAGAAUUUUUUGGUAAAUAUAUUUCUCUUGAAUCUAUAUUCCCUUAUGUAUCCAGCAAUAAAUUACUUCAUUAGUUGUGUAGUAUCACUGUAAAUGGCGCUGAAAAUUGCGAUUUUCUUGGCAUUCAGAAAGUGUUGUGUAGAGGGAGUAUGAUUGCGUUAGAUUGUGAAUGUCAAGGAGUUCCGCAGCGUCGGUGCCAGGUAUUGUGAUGAUGUAGGGUUCGCAGCGCACAAGGUGAGCUCUAAUGUUACCCUCCCUAUUGGAGGUGGGCGUAUUGCCUAUGUUGUGGCACCAAGCACAGCUAGAUGGUUCCGGCGACGUGUUGUGGCAUUCAACAUAUGAUUCUCAAUAUCCAACGGACCGUAUCUUUGAUUGUGGGUGGGAAAAUUGUCAACAUUACUAUCUCGAAAUAUUCCAUUAUCUAGUAAAAGCGUUAAAGACAGCAAGCUCAAACGACUGACACGAUUACUUACUUUCUUGACCCCUCCCCCCACCUCAUCAGUUAAACCUCCACUGUUUUAAAACAACAUAAAUAAUAAUAAGGUUGUGAACUCUUUGCAUUGAAAUUAUAAGCCACAUGUGUGCUUGUGCAAUAAAUAUCACAGUUUGGAUCUAGGCUUUUAAAUUAUUAUAGAUUAUAUACAUUGUUGAGCUGAUAUAAAAAUUUAAUAUAUUAUUAUACCUUUUAAUAUUGUUAAAGAAUUCUAAUUGCAUUCCACAUUUAGAGUGAACGAAUUUGAGAUGACCGUUUUCAGUCUACAUUAUACAAGUUAUUUUUUUUUACAAUUUUAGGAUUAUUAGCAGUUGCCAAUGUUUUUUUCCUUUAGUCAGUAAAAGUACAAAUAUUUUAAUAUACAAUUCUUGGUAUUUACGUAUUGUAGUGAUCUUAUUUUAUAAUUGAUUCUAUAACUGUAAGCAUAAUUUUUUGCACACGAGCGGCCAUUUAGAUAUUUCUCAUCCCAUAAAUUACUCAGUAUAUAACAAAACAUAUCAUACUGAAUCAAUUUUAUUUUCAUAGAAAUUGUCUGCAACUCCCGUAUUUAUCUCAAUGUUUUAGUUUGUAUUAAAAUGGCUUUUUUGUUUUCAAAUUAGAUUUAAGUAUAUUCUAAGUUACACCAUUAAGUUUCUUGUCAUUUUUAUGUUGUUAGGAAUAUAAAAAUUAUUGUAAACAUUGUGUGAGGGGUGCAUGAUCCAAAUGCAUAUUUUAAUUUUGAUCCAAAGAUUUCUUUUAUUCCUUUGUGGUUAUUAUUUCUUAUGAUACGAAAAUGACAUUUGUGGAGUGUGCAUUGGUAUUUGAUACUAGGGUUAACAAGAUUUUUUCUGUAGAGUUGGUGCAGCCGAGCAAAUGUCUACUAUAUUCUUUUAAGAAUAUAUUGCUCAAUAAUUUAAUUCUGUUAAAAGUAUUUUAAAUAUAGUAGAUAUAGUCCACGUCGAUGUGUUUAAUAGUGAUUGUGGACUCCAGCGACUUGAAAAUAUAUCUAACAGACAAUACCCUCCGUAAAGAUUUGAAAACAUUAUUAAAGUUUGUUUGAUUAGAUGUAGUUGUUUGCCUUCUUGGCAGCCGCAGCCUGGUGGCUGCAGGGGCCAGCAGCAUCAACACAUGGGAGUAGCACUGGCUCGCUAAUCAUUAUUCUAUACUGCUUGCAAUUCCCACCAUGUUAAAGCUUUAUCUGUGUCGGUCCACUUUCUUCUCCACAUAUCUUUCUCUUAUUGUAUGAUUGACACAAUAGUCGCAGUUGGGAUAAUGUCUUCAGUAUACCUUGUGUGGUGGUGUUGACUGAACGAGAUGUACAUUGUUGCCCCACAGUCAACGAAAAUUGUUAUGUAAUCCAUACAGGAGUCUCUGCUGCAUUGUGCCUAGAUCUUAGAAGUUAAUGGUAUCAAGGUAGAGUUAAUCUCAAUAUUUUGGCUCUUUGAAUAUUCCAUGAUAUUAUUUUGUUUUUCAUGAAAAUGUAUUUACAUUAUAUACAUACAUACACUUAGUAAUAUUAUUGUAUACAUGAAUAUACACAUUGCGUGAUUUUUAACUUGAUGUUUAAUUUUAUUAUAAAAUUAAGAUGCCCAACUGGUUAUUAUCUGUCCACGAUUCGGAAGCUGUGGAGGAAUUGAGUUACAAAAUUAGAGUCAUGUUAAUAACCAAUGUGAAGUAUAGUUUCUAGAUUUAGUUGUGGACAGGAGUAGUCUUUUUUGGUUUUAACUAGUUGCACAUCUUAUUUUGACCAAAUUCUUUUGCUGCUCACGUGACCUGAGAGUUGUACAUUUGGUUUGCACUCAUUUAAUAGUUUUACGGCGAGUGCAAGUCUUCACGUGACCUGAGCGGUGGUUUCUUAUUAUUAAUUAUAAAUUUAUUAUCGUGAACUGUGGCCAGGAUAACAACAACACAGAGCAGUGUAACUGAGAGCCUGCCUAAAAUAUAUUUUUGUCAUGAUUUUAUUUAGGUAUAUACAUGUUAUUAUUCACAUAUUACAGUUUUCUCAAUAUUAGCUUGUAUUUUAAUUAAGAAAUAAUCAUAUUUAACAUUGCCAGGUGAUCAGCAACCUGCACUUUAAUAUUUUUGGAAACUAUUGAACUUAAAUUGUACUGACUUUAUAAAUAUAUUUACUUCAAUAAAGAUUUUCCAUGCCACUAAA